AUGGCUUUCUCAAUGCACAGUCACUCCGGGCAAUUCUGUCCUGGCCAUGCCAAAGACUCGCUCGAGACCAUCGUCCAGACCGCCAUCUCCUCGGGAAUGAUCAGCUUCGCCCUCACUGAGCACAUGCCCCGCCUCUCCGACAGCGAUCUCUACCCCGAAGAAAUCUCCGCCGGGGACAGCAUCUCCGCUCUCCUCCCGCGCCACUCCGCCUUCCUAGCCGAAGCCUCGCGGCUGCGCACCAAAUACGCCUCCCAGAUCCCCCUCCUCAUCGGGUUCGAGGGGGAAUGGAUCCGGCCGUCCUACGCGCCGCUCAUCCACGAGCUGGCCCAGGACCCGCGCGUCGAUUACUUCAUCGGCUCGGUGCAUCACGUGCAUGAGGUGCCGAUCGACUACGAUGCUGCCUUCUACGCGAAGGCGCGCGAGAUUUCCGGCGGCUCAGAGGAGAAGCUGUUCGAGGAUUACUUCGAUGAGCAGUACGAGAUGCUGCGCGCGCUGAAACCGAGAGUCGUAGGCCAUUUUGACCUCAUUAGGUUGUUGAGCGAAGAGCCGGAUCGGGAUUUGAGGCAGUGGAAAGGGGUUUGGGAGAAAGUGAAGAGGAAUCUGGCUAUGGUUGUGCAGCAGGGUGGCCUCCUUGAGAUUAAUUCCAGUGCGUUGAGGAAGGGUCUUAAGGAACCGUAUCCGGGAAGGUGGAUCUGUGAGGAGUUCCUGGGCCAAGGGGGGAAGCUGACGUUGAGUGAUGAUAGUCAUGGAGUUGCACAUGUAGGUACGAAUUUUGGGAGAGCGGUGGAAUUUUUGGAGGGUUUGGGCGUGAGGGAGUUGUGGUUGUUAGAGCCGGGUAAGAAGGAAGAGAAAACAGCUGGUCUACGCAGUGUUCCACUAAAGGAGGUAAAGCAAGGAGUGGAGAAGAUCCGGGUUGAUUGA